UGCCAAUCCAAAUCACAUGGCCAUAGCUUCUUCUUCCCCCGACUUUAGCUUCGCAGAGACGAAAGCUUCCUUCCUUUUUGAAACGCAAAAACCAAAAACAAACAGUAAAAAAUAACCCCAAAUGCAAAAUAAUGGGCAACAAGAUCGCGCGCACAACGCAAGUCUCUGCCACGGAGUACUAUCUCCACGAUUUACCUUCUUCUUACAAUUUGGUGCUCAAGGAGGUGCUUGGUCGCGGCCGCUUCUUCAAGUCAAUUCUCUGUAAGCACGAUGAGGGUUUAGUCCUCGUUAAAGUCUAUUUCAAGCGAGGCGAUCCUAUCAAUCUGAGAGAGUAUGAGCGCCGUCUCGAGCAAAUCAAGGACACCUUCCUUGCCCUUGACCACCCUCAUGUCUGGCCUUUCCAGUUUUGGCAAGAAACAGAUAAAGCGGCUUAUCUUUUGAGGCAAUAUUUCUUCAAUAAUCUUCAUGAUCGCUUGGGCACUCGGCCUUUCCUCAGUUUAGUGGAGAAGAAGUGGUUGGCUUUUCAGUUACUUCUUGCUGUGAAACAGUGUCAUGAGAAGGGUAUUUGUCAUGGUGAUAUUAAGUGUGAGAAUGUUCUGGUCACUUCCUGGAAUUGGCUCUAUCUUGCUGAUUUUGCUUCAUUUAAACCGACUUACAUUCCCUAUGAUGACCCAUCGGAUUUCUCAUUCUUCUUUGACACGGGAGGAAGAAGGCUCUGCUAUCUUGCGCCUGAGAGAUUCUAUGAGCAUGGAGGUGAGAUGCAGGUUGCUCAAGAUGCACCAUUAAGGCCCUCCAUGGAUAUCUUUGCUGUUGGGUGUGUGAUUGCGGAGCUUUUCCUCGAGGGUCAGCAACUGUUUGAACUCUCCCAGCUUCUUGCUUAUCGUAGAGGACAGUAUGAUCCUAGCCAACAUCUUGAGAAGAUUCCAGAUACUGGAAUCCGAAAGAUGAUUCUUCAUAUGAUCCAGUUGGAACCAGAGGCACGACUUUCUGCGGAAAGCUACCUGCAAAGUUAUGCAGCUGUUGUGUUUCCAACCUACUUCUCACCGUUUCUGCAUAAUUUCUACUGCUGCUGGAAUCCUCUUCAUUCUGAUAUGAGGGUUGCGAUGUGCCAGAGUGUUUUCCAUGAAAUACUUAAGCAAAUGAUGGGCGACCGGACAAGUGAAGAGACUGGAGCUGGGAAUAGUACAUCUGAAAAUGGCGUUAGUGGUUACCCGUCAUUAGAGACAGUUGAAAUACAAAACUUGGACUUGGCAAGGGACUCAAGAAAGAGAGAAAUGACCGAUAAAGGUAUAGUUCGUGAUCAAUACAAGCUUCUUGGUGAUAUUAGUACCCUUCUUGGGGAUGUAAAACAAAGCAAUGACUAUUCUAGUGUCAAGUUGAUGCCUGAAAGUGCACCCAGUUCUGCAUUUUCCCAGGACAUUAAGCAAUGCAGCAUACAAUCACCUGGCGAGCUUCUUCAGGCUAUCUCCAAUGCAUUUAGGAAAAAUGAUCAUCCCUUUUUGAAAAAGAUCACAAUGGAUGAUUUGAGUUCGUUGAUGUCUGAGUAUGACAGUCAAUCUGAUACCUUUGGCAUGCCUUUUUUACCUUUACCAGAAGAUAGUAUGAAGUGUGAAGGUAUGGUUCUGAUUGCCUCUCUCCUUUGUUCCUGCAUACGCAAUGUCAAGUUGCCUCAUUUGAGGAGGGGGGCCAUACUUCUACUGAAGUCUUCUUCAUUAUAUAUUGAUGAUGAAGAUCGCUUGCAGCGUGUACUGCCUUAUGUUAUUGCUAUGCUCUCGGAUCCAGCAGCAAUAGUGCGUUGUGCUGCCCUAGAGACUCUGUGUGACAUUCUGCCUUUAGUUCGAGAUUUUCCACCUAGUGAUGCAAAGAUAUUCCCCGAAUAUAUUCUUCCGAUGCUUUCCAUGCUUCCUGAUGAUCCAGAGGAAAGUGUGAGAAUAUGUUAUGCUAGCAAUAUAGCUAAGCUGGCUCUAACUGCUUACGGUUUCUUGAUUCACUCUAUAAGCCUGAGCGAGGCUGGUGUCCUUGAUGAAAUGACUUCAGCACGCAAGUCAUUAGCAUCAUCCAUUGAGACAUCCAGACAUCAGCAGAGGGUGAAUAAUAAUUCACAGCUAGCACAGCUGAGGAAAUCCAUUGCUGAGGUUGUUCAAGAACUUGUGAUGGGCCCAAAACAAACUCCAAAUAUCAGGAGAGCGCUCCUUCAGGACAUUGGCAAUCUAUGCUGCUUCUUUGGUCAGAGACAGAGUAAUGACUUUCUGUUACCAAUCCUUCCUGCGUUUCUCAACGAUCGAGAUGAGCAACUAAGGGCAUUAUUCUAUGGGAAGAUUGUAUAUGUCUGCUUCUUUGUGGGCCAAAGAAGUGUAGAGGAGUAUCUUCUACCUUACAUCGAGCAAGCUUUAAGUGAUCAAACUGAGGCUGUCAUUGUUAAUGCAUUGGACUGUUUGGCAAUCCUAUGUAAACAUGGCUUCUUGCGGAAGCGAAUAUUGCUUGAAAUGAUAGAACACGCCUUUCCUUUGUUAUGUUAUCCAAGUCAGUGGGUUAGAAGAUCAGCUGUCACUUUCAUUGCAGCCAGCAGUGAGAGCUUAGGUGCUGUGGAUUCCUAUGUUUUCCUUGCACCAGUUAUACGCCCUUUCCUUAGAAGACAACCUGCUUCCCUAGCUUCUGAGAAGUCUCUACUUUUAUGUUUGAAGCCUCCUGUCUCCAGGCAGGUAUUUUACCAAGUUUUAGAAAAUGCUAGAAGUUCAGAUAUGUUGGAGAGACAGAGAAAAAUAUGGUACAAUUCGUCAACACAGUCCAAACAAUGGGAAAGUGCUGAUGUGCUCAGAAGAGAGGAUGGGGAAGUAAAUUCUGUGAAGAGUUGGUCUGACAAGAAAUCAAGUCCUGAUAUUCAGAAACACGAUAUUAAUGCAUUGGAGCAGCAAGAGGAUGGUGAGGCAAAGCUGAGAGCUAUUGGCUUGAUAAGCAAUGUUUCUAGUGUGGUUGACAUUCGUGAUCCCCUAAGCUCAGAAAAGUUGCAAUUCUCAGGCUACAUGUCUCCACAGGUUGGUGGCGUGAAUAGCUUCAUACAUGAUAAGUCCUCAGAGGGCAUACCUUUGUACUCUUUUAGCAUGGACAGGCGAGCAGUGAAAAUUCCUCCUGCAGCUUCUGAUUCUUCAUUGCGUAUGAACUCUCUUGGAAUUGGUUCAUCUUACAUGCCUUGGAUGGAUCCAGUAAACAAAUCAUUUAGCUUGGCUAGUUCUGUUCCUGCACCUAAGCUGGUUUCUGGCUCUUUCAGCAUCAGCAAUGGAUCUAAACAGUUCUACAGAGUGGUACAUGAACCAGAAAGCAGGGAAAGUGAUCAGACAUCAUAUGUUAAUAGUAAAUUUCAAGAGAUGGGAUUAUCUGGUGCAACGAAGGGAGGAUCUUUUACAGUGGAAGAUGCUUCUGCUCCAACUGAUUUAACAGGAUUGCCGUCCUUUGCUCGGACUGCAUCAGUUCCAGACUCAGGUUGGAGACCUCGUGGAGUGUUGGUAGCACACUUGCAGGAGCAUCGCUCAGCUGUCAAUGAUAUUGCAAUUUCAAAUGAUCAUAGCCUGUUUGUAAGUGCAUCUGAUGAUUCAACUGUCAAGGUGUGGGAUUCAAGAAAGUUGGAGAAGGACAUCUCCUUCAGAUCAAGGCUCACUUAUCAUUUGGAAGGAAGUCGAGCACUUUGCACUGUAAUGCUCCGCAACUCUCCUCAAGUUGUUGUUGGAGCGUGCGAUGGCGUGAUGCAUCUAUUUUCUGUUGAUCACAUAUCUAGGGGCCUUGGCAAUGUUGUUGAGAAGUAUUCAGGUAUUGCUGAUAUAAAAAAGAAGGAUAUCAAGGAAGGUGCAAUACUUAGCCUUUUGAACUACACUGCAGAUAAUAGUGCUAGUCAGAUUGUCAUGUAUAGUACUCAAAAUUGUGGAAUCCAUCUCUGGGAUAUUAGAGCAAAUGCAAAUGCGUGGACAUUAAAAGCUGUUCCUGAGGAAGGUUAUGUUUCUUCUCUGGUAACAAGCCCCUGUGGGAAUUGGUUUGUCUCAGGAUCUUCGAGGGGUGUGCUCACACUUUGGGAUCUAAGGUUCCUCAUACCUGUGAACUCAUGGCAAUAUUCUCUUGUAUGCCCCAUAGAAAAGAUGUGCCUCUUUGUUCCUCCUCCAAAUGUCACAUUGUCUAGUACUGCACGACCCCUAAUAUAUGUUGCUGCUGGUUGCAGUGAAGUUUCUCUAUGGAAUGCCGAGAAUGGGAGCUGUCACCAGGUAUUGAGGCUGGCAAAUUAUGACAAUGAUAUUGAAAUAUCUGACAUGCCAUGGGCCUUGGCCAGACCAACCGGUAAGGCAAACCUUAAACCAGAUAUGAGGCGGAAUGUCAAUCCGAAGUAUAAAGUUGAUGAGCUGAAUAAUCCUCCUCCCCGUCUUCCUGGUAUCCAUUCAAUGCUUCCUUUACCUGGGGGUGAUUUGUUGACUGGUGGUACCGACUUGAAGAUACGUCGGUGGGACCAUUUCAGCCCUGAAAGAAGUUACUGUAUUUGUGGGCCAAAUUUGAACGGAGUUGGAAAUGAUGAUUUAUUUGAAAUAAAAUCAAGUUUUGGAGUUCAAGUUGUACAGGAGACAAAACGGCGAAAUCUAACACCCAAGUUGACUGCAAAGGCUGUUCUUGCAGCUGCUGCUACUGAUUCUGCUGGCUGCCACCGAGAUUCCAUCCUCUCUUUGGCUUCUGUCAAGUUGAACCAGAGACUUUUGAUUUCAAGCAGUAGAGAUGGGGCUAUCAAGGUUUGGAAGUAAUUUAACCUAAGCAUUAAAGUGCUCUAUUGUACAUAUGAUAUUGAUUUUGUAUAUAGCAUAUUAAGACUAGGAAGUUAAUUUUCCUUUGGUUUUAUUCUCAACCACUUGCCUAUACCAUAUAACUAGCAACCCUCCAAGAAAGGAAAAGAAAGCCCUUUUAGGAUUUGUACAGUGAUCAGUUAUACACUUCAUAAUUUAUUUACUGAAGGAAAAUAGCUGUGGUAUCUAAGUGUUCAUAAAAUUAUCUUCGCAGUCAUUUUGUACUCUUGCUUAUACAUGUAACCUUCAGAGUAUGCUGCCUCAUUUUCUGUUCACCUGGACCUUAUUAUCUCAUUUUCUAUUGGCUA